CUAUAGAGGGUGCACCAGCAGAGGCUGCUUCCUAUACAGAGGGUGCACCAGCAGAGGCUGUUUCCAGUACAGAGGGUGCACCAGCAUUGGCUGCUUCCUAUACAGAGUGUGCACUAGCACAGAGGCUACUUCCUAUAGAGCGUGCACCAGCAGAGGCUGCUUCCUAUACAGAGGGUGCACCAGCAGAGGCUGCUUCCUAUACAGAGGGUGCACCAGCAUUGGCUGCUUCCUAUACAGAGUGUGCACUAGCACAGAGGCUACUUCCUAUAGAGCGUGCACCAGCAGAGGCUGCUUCCUAUACAGAGGGUGCACCAGCAGAGCCUGCUUCUUAUACAGAGGGUGCACCAGCAGAGGCUGCUUCCAGUACAGAGGGUGCACCAGCAGAGGCUGCUUCCUAUACAGAGGGUGCAUGUUUAGAAGCUGCUUCCAGUUCAGAGGCUGCACCAGCAGAGGCUCAGCGCACAGCCAUGGCACACAAGCUGGUGCUUAUCCUGGGAGCUCUGAAGGGAGUCCUCUCCCAGGAGACCCAGAAGCGGGAGCUACAUACCAACCCGGGCAGCCAUGUCAACUUACCGUAUGCCAGGACCCUGCUCAAUGGGACAAAGAUCCAGGUGUACCAGACCCCUGAGGUCCAUGCCACCCCGGGGAGCGAUGUCACCUUGCCGUGUACCUACAAUGUCUCUGGAGUAGAGGAGGCAACUAUUGGGUCCUUCACGUGGUACAGACACCUGGUGAAGACUGGGCCGGAGGUGUCUGACAGCAGUAAGGACUUCACCGGUCGGAUCUCCAGAGCAGAUACAGAACAAUUCAUCAGUAACAGAGAUGCCCAUAUCACCAUACACAACGUGCUUGAUUCAGACGCUGGCAGUUAUUUCUGUGCAGUCAGUUUUCUAGAAGGUGAAACAAUAUCUGGAUCUGGAGCCGGGACCCUGCUCAAUGUGACAGAUGUUCGGGAUCCGAUGUCCUCGUCCCCGCUCCUCCAUAUCUGCCUCGGAGUUGGAUUCGGGGUCGCCCUGGUGGUCGCUCUCCUGACGGUCACAGGUUACAGAAUCUCCAGACAAGCCCUCAGGUCUACAGCGGAAGUGGGUCCCAUUAUCUACACCGAGUUCAUCGCUCUGGGUAAUAGAUCAUCGUCAUCAUUACUCUUACAGUGGAAGGCUCUGGGCGCUCCUGGUCACAGUUCCUGUUACUAUGAACCGUUAAGUGUGACAGAAUCCAGAAUGAGCCCCGUGGCCCCGAACUGCUGCAGCAGAAUGAGACUUCACAGUACAUGAUGGAAAAUCAACAAUACAACCUGUUUCUGCCAGUACAGGCCCCACAAAAGCCAGGGCCCUCCAUCUACCAGGAGGCGGAUCUGUACAGUGUCAUACCAUAGAGAAAACUCCUCCCCUGCAGACCCGUGUAAUGUCUCAGAAGGCAGAACCCUCCAUCUACCAGGAGGCAGAUCUGUACAGUGUCAUACCAUAGAGAAAACUCCUCCCCUGCAGAACCGUGUGAUGUCUCAGAAGGCAGAACCCUCCAUCUACCAGGAGGCAGAUCUGUACAGUGUCAUGCCAUAGAGAAAACUCCUCCCCUGCAGAACCGUGUGAUGUCUCAGAAGGAAGAAACCUACAUCUACCAUGAGGCGGAUCUGUAUAGUGUCAUGCCAUAGAGAAAACUCCUCCCCUGCAGAACCGUGUGAUGUCUCAGAAGGAAGAACCCUACAUCUACCAUGAGGCGGAUCUGUACAGUGUCAUACCAUAGAGAAAACUCCUCCCCUGCAGAACCGUGUAAUGUCUCAGAAGGCAGAACCCUCCAUCUACCAGGAGGCGGAUCUGUACAGUCUCAUACUAUAGAGAAAACUCCUCCCCUGCAGAACCGUGUGAUGUCUCAGAAGGAAGAACCCUCCAUCUACCAGGAGGCAGAUCUGUACAGUGUCAUGCCAUAGAGAAAACUCCUCCCCUGCAGACCCGUGUGAUGUCUCAGAAGGCAUUGCCCUCUGCCUUCCAGGAAUUGGUACAGUGUCAUACCAUAGAGAAUGGUUGUGACUAAAUACUAUACUCUGUAAGGACCUGGUCCUUACCAGUGAUAGGAAAUAGCUGACUCAGUGUGGGUUGACUAUUUCCCAUGACUGGUAAGGAAAUGUUUGCCCCCUAGUGGUCAGGUCCAGAACAUAAAUAGUAUAUAGCCGGUUCACAGGGAGUUGGCUAAAUCCUCUACUCCAUGAGGACCUGGUCCUCACCAGUGAUAGGAAAUAGCCGACCCUACAGGAGCUGUCCAUUUCCAUCAUGUGGAGGGACCUCUUCUUCUGCCUCGUUGAUCUGGUUACUGAACUGUGAUGGGAUUUAGUUGCUUCUCAAUGACUUGCUAAAUCGGCUUGUCUGUUAGGACCUGUCAGUGACACCGCUUCUACAUGGACGCAGGGUUAGCGUAUACAAUAUAGUUAUAUAGCUGACUAUUGUAGAAUAAGCCUCUUUUAUGUUUAUUUUUAUUUCUGAAAAAUCUUUACAAUAAACAAUAAAAAAC